UUUGCAUCAGCUGGAGAGAUUAUUUCAUUAACAAGUUUUAUCUACACAACGCGGUUCUUAACCCAAUAGAGCCAGACCCACACGGUCACAUAACAGGAGUUUAUGAACAACUUACCGGUCUAUUACCAGUAAGCGGCACACCUAACAUUCAUGGAAUUAUAAAAUUCUAUGUAUCAUGGAAACUCAACGACGGCGACUUUACGAAAAAACAACUAGUGCCAGACUUUCAGAAUCAGAGCUACUGUACUAAGUUAAAUGUUUCGGAUGGACAAACAUACACAUUUAAUGUACAUGCAGUUGAUAUCGUCAAUAACAACUACAAUGAAUCAAGAAUACUUCACAUAGAUAGAUCACAUCCUGAUAUUAACAACAUUUGGUUAAAGAAAGAUGGUUAUGAAAUGCUAUUUGUUCACAAUAGUAUCGACAUGUCAAAGAUGCAAAUGACGUUUGACGCAGUGGAUCGCCACAGUGGACUGCUCACAAUUAAGUGGGUGUUUGGAAUCGGCGACACAUCCACGGAGUUAACACACGGUUACUUGGGAGUAGGCAAGAUUAAUAAAACAUGUCCGACUGACUCAUCAGAUUGUUACUGCCCAGACGUCGGAAUGUGCGAAUUUUUUAAUUACUCAAUUCCGCUGCAUGAUCUUGUUGUAAAAGAUAAACAUAUAGGAAACCACAAUCGAAACUAUUACUUUACGAUAACUGCAACAAACAUUGCUAUGCUUUCAACGACAGAGCAUAUUGACGUACUCGUAGACGAUUCGCCGCCGGAAGAGGGUGUAGUUUAUGAAGGUCCGGUUGAUUAUAAGGAUAUUGAUUAUACAAGCGAAGAAUCAUUUAUUGCACAUUGGCAUGGGUUUAUCGACCACGAAAGCGGAAUAAAGCAAUACAAAAUAUGGCUUGCAGACAGAUGUAUAAAAAGCGAGGAAGUUGGUUAUACGGAAAUGAAUGAUAUUUUGGCGUACAAAGAACUAUCUUUUCAAGAAACAUCUGUUCGCCUCCAGGCAAAUUUUACAGGGACAAGAUUUGUGACUGUGGUGGCUCUGAAUAAUGCAAUGGAAACAUCUAAUCCCGUUUGUUCCGAUGGCAUAACUCGAGAUGAUUCUGCUCCUUUAAUUCGAAACCUAACGAUACAGCAUGCAACCUGGUCUGAGAGCAUUAUUUGCCUUAACGGUCGACCUCAUGUUUUGCAGUCAAACCUUCGAAAGGUCCCUCUACAUAACACAACGGUUUGUUCAAAUCUCUGUUAUGCAUCACUCGAUACAGUAAUAGCAGACUACUUGCCAACUUAUACUGCUGAAAGCAAAGACGAAGAUAUUUCGAACUACCUGUGCAGUUAUCUUUCAUUGUACACGAAUGAAACUAUUAUUUACCUACCAAGCGAUUAUAUCUUUCUGCGAUGGAAUGUAGACGAAAGUGGCAGUCAGAUUGAGGACUUUUAUGUUGGCUUUGGUUUAGACACGACAGAAACAAACUCACCGAGUUUGAUCGACUAUAUGUCCACUGAGAGGAAGCAACAUUUUAGACACAAUCAUGAAGCAAUAGGAUCUGAUCGAACUGAUACAUUCCUUCUUCCUUCUCGUUAUACGCCGGGUAAUUCGAUUGUGUUAGAUUCGGACCCCGAGGAGAAGAAUGAAUCAACGGACAUUGACAUCCAUUUCACGGAACAAGUUGUAUGCGCUAGAUGGAAAGGGUUGAAGCAUCAUGAGAAUGUUUCACUUGAAAUCGGACUCGGUUCAAAUCGCGUAAUGGCUGACGUGGUUGGAUUUAAGAGCAUUGCAGGUGACAUCAAUACGUUUUGCCUAAACUCAAGUUUAAUUGUCAUAAACGAAUAUUUGUUUUUCUUGGUCAGAGCAAACUGCAGCGGUGGGUCCGCAAUAUCUUCUUCCAACGGGGUACGAAUAUAUAAUAGACAAAUGCUGGAAAAGUCUAUGCGCGUGAAUAUUGGCCACAAUUGUCUAACAAACAUUGAACAUAUUACGAACGUUUCGUUGAGUAAUUCCAAUACCAUUAUACAAAUUCCCUUUUCUCUCACUAUUGGACAGCGAUAUUCUUUAUUUUCGGAAGACAAUGCAUGGGGAAAUAUUGUGAACAUUUACACAAAUGACGGUAUUAUCACCAAGGAAGCAAAUGUGUUUUACAUUAGACCUUUUAUGGAAAACCCUACUCUACAACUCGAACACAAUUAUCUUUCCGAACAAUACUUGCUUUUAAAAGUAAAUAAAUGUCCGGAUGAGACUAUGCAGUCAAUCAAUAAUCUUCUUUAUAUUAGUUGGAUACUAGAGGGAAACCAGACGAAGCAGGAUCUUUUGUUUUCGGUCGGACUAUUUGAAGUUCUAAAUGUCAAUGGUUCAGUAAUGGACAAUGAAGUAGUACCUUAUCAAAAACCUGUUGCCGAAAGUAGCUACACAUUCCUCGACGUUGAAUUGGAUGAACAAAUAACUUAUCAGGCAAAAGUAAGGAUCUGUAACAAUAUCAGAUGUCUUCGACCAAUUGAAUCGAAUAUAUUCACUGUUGAUAAGGAAGUAACAAAACUGUCUGUCACAAAUGCUGAGCUGAACGUGACAGCUGCUGGGGACUGCGUUCAUGUAAAGGCAUCAUGGGAAUUUACCGGAAAUGUCGCACGUAUAGGAUUCGUUCAAUGGGCACUUAGUCGCGACAACAAAGGUGGUCAUCUACUUUCUGUUUGGAAUAAUGUUGUGUAUAAGGGCUCAGGAGAGAUGAAGGUGGAGCAAUGCGUUGAUCUGCCAGACCAUGGACAUAUAACAUUAUUUCUAUGUGUUCGCGUAUUUUCCUUGAGCGGUUUAUCAAGCAUGACUUGCAAGAAAACGACAAAAUCUGAUUACGGAUCAUAUUCAAGUGGAACUGUAUAUGAUGUUGAUACAUCGACGGGCAGUUUGAUGCAACUAAAACAGAUGUUGCUAAGUUCUAAUAUUGGACAACAUUACUCUCUACUUCACGAUUCUGAACUUAAUAUAGGAAGUGCCAACUCGACAGUUGCCGGUGCUCUUAUGUACGCAUCCGAACGUACAGUUGCAUGGUAUCUCAUGAAGUUGCAAUAUGUGCCAGAUAAAUGUGAAAGCGACGUUAACUGUAUUGUCAGAUAUGACACAGAUUCAGGUUACGUAGAAUUUACCAAGAACGAUGUAUCUCUUAAUCAAAUUUACUUCAUAUGUGCAUAUUCCAAUGCUACUAACGUUCACAGAGAGUAUUUCACUGAGACAUUAGAGGAGAUAUCAUCUUGCAGCAAUGGCUUUGUCCUGUACAGUAGUCCACCUGAAAAAGGCCAGGUACGGGUCGAAAACCAUAAAGGUUUUGUUACGAAUCUACAACAUGUUCUGGUCACAUGGGACGGAUUUGAUGACAACAUCGACGCUUCCAGUUUCGGUUAUCCAAGCCAACUUCGUUAUUUCUCUGUUGGAAUAGGCACAACAGCUGGAAGUUACAGCAUCGACGAAAUCGUACUUACUGGUUUAGAAACAUCUGCGGCAUUAAGAAUGCAAACAAUACCAGAUGGAAGUGCGGUGUUUUUCACAGUAUACGCCACGGACUACGCGGGUUACGUCUCCAGCUCAGACUCGAUGGAACUAACCAUCGAUACCUCGCCACCUGCCACUGGCUCGGUGACAAUAUUCAAUAAUUUUCACAGAAACCUGUUCAUCAACCAAGACUUCGCCACUUUUCGGUUCAAAGGGUUUUCGGAUCCCCAUAGUGGUGAAGAUUAUUUUAGUGUGGGAAUCGGAACCAUUGAAGGAAUGACAGAUAUUGUGCCAACAACGAAAAUUCACAAAGAUUAUCUGGAACUGAACCUGAAUCAGCUCAUAGACGGACAUCCGUAUUUUAUUGUUGUGCAGGCUGUGAACCGCGCUGGUCUGAUUUCAAGACCGGUAUCAAGAAGAUUUGUGCUUGACCGAAGUGCUCCCACUGGUGGACAUGUACUCGAUGGAAUGAGGGAGCAAAAGGACAUAGACUUUCAAAAUCAAACUUACGCAAUUCAUGCGAAUUGGAAGACAUUUUACGAUCCAGAGAGCGGUUUAGCAUUCUUCAAAGUAGGCCUAGGAACAUAUCUCUAUCAGACAGAUAUACGGCCUAUGGUAAAUGUUGGACUGAGGACUGAGGUUUUCUGGAAUGGCCCUUUCACUCCCGGACAGAAGUACUUCGUUACUGUAGAAGCCUGCAACAAGGCAGACCUUUGUACCAGACGUUGUUCGGAUGGCAUAAUGGUGGACAAUUCCCCUCCAAUACGUGGACUCGUGCGUGUAGGUCCCGGUGAUGGCCAUUAUCUUGGACAUCGGUUUGUAUAA